AUGGCACAACGGCGAAAAGUUCCAGAAGGUGAACUGUGCGCUGUUUGUUCCGAUCUCGCAACUGGUUAUCAUUACGGUGUAGCAAGCUGUAAUGGCUGCAAGACGUUCUUCCGAAGGACGAUAGUUAGUGAGCAAACGUUUAUUUGUCAAUACAAUGGAAAUUGCGACGUCAAUAAAAAUAUACGAUGUGCGUGUCGGCACUGUCGAUUCAACAAAUGCUUGGCCGUGGGCAUGGAUGCCAAAGCCAUUCAAAAUGAUCGGGAUCGUAUUGGUCCAACAAAGAAGGCAAAGUUGAGUAGUGGAUCAGAUGAGGACCAAGCGAUCACGCCUCAUCGAAUGCAAGAUCAGGAAAUCGUUGAGCACUUGACACAAGUGGAAGGGUUAUGCCAAGAAUUGCGGCGAUGUGUGAUGCGAGAUGUUUCCACAGUUCAGCAAGCAUUGUCUUCCCCUUGCCUACUGUUUGAAACACCUGAGCUUACUAUAGAUCCCAGUACAAUUUUCAAAGAGCUGUAUCCGGCUUCAAUGAACGAUAUACGCAUGUGGAAUAUUCGAGAAAUGAGGAUUUGCAUUGAAUGGGGCAAGACGUUCGACGCCUAUCAGCGACUUUCACAUUACGAUCAAUUUGCAUUGGUCCGCAAUUUUGCGUUCGCAUUCAAUUUACUCAAUAGAGUAUUCUACUCGCCUGACCAUGGACCCGAUAAAAUUGUGUUCCAAAAUGGCGCGUUCAUCAUGCGACAGCCACAGCAACAGGUACAACUCUCCGGUUGUCGUCCGAUUUACACCCGACAAAUGGACGAGAUUAUGCUGCCGUUCCGGAGGCUACAAUUAUCGGUCUCUGAGUUCGCCACAUUCAAAGCGGCAUUGUUUUUCAAUCCCGAUGCAUUAGAUCUGUCGAGUCAAGCUAAGCCAGACGUGUAUGAAGAGCGGAAUAGGUAUCUCAGUGCGUUAUUCACAUGUAUCACGAAUAAGCUCGGUAUGGCUGCUGGUGUACAGAAAUAUGGUAGCCUUCUGAUGAUGACAGCUAGUAUACAGAAUAUUCUGGCCCAAAAUGAGGAAAAUAUGCAAGUGAUGGAAUUGUUCAAGAAUUGGGAGGUGGAUCCGUUCGUGAAAGAGCUGUGCAUGAAGCGGGCGUGA